CACAAAGUGUCCAAAUUCUUGAGACGUGAAACAUUUGGCAACUUUUGAUUCGACUUGCAAAGUAAUUGCAAUCAUUCAUCUUCAGCUGCAUUUCCUCAAGUCCUCUAACCACUUAGACAGACUCUUGCAAUGAUCUAGUAUCAGUAUUCUUAGCAAUCUCAAGGUUGACAUAUUAGAUAAGCAAGGUAACUAAUCACUCGAAUGAAGAUGUUCCCAAAGAUUCCAAUUCGCCGAGGCCUUGGAUCGGCCGCCCUGCAACAAAACCGGCCUAGUUUCCGCCGGCAUAUCUUCUUCCUUGACAGCAACAGAGGACUGGAGUAUUGCUGCCCACUGGAGGACUGGCCUUGGUAAUCAGAAUCUACUAGUCGAUUAUGUAUAUGUCGUCGCUGCUUCCAAUAUGCAUGAAUAGCUUUGACACCAUAAAUCUUUAGUAAAUAGCAAAAACACAAAGUCAAAACAUCUCAACGUGCACCAUAAUGUCAUAAACAUCAAUAUAAUCAUCAAUAUAAUAUCAUAUGGGGAACGAUCGUCUCUGCUCUCUAGUGAAACGUGGUUGUGAAUGAAAAAGGGGAUGAGAUUCUCAAAAUUUGGAAUGAGACUUAGAUCUCGUUGGGGGAGUAGUCGAAUGAGUUGCUAACACAUAUUGGGAAUUUGGUUGGGGUCCAUGAUUUGGUCCGGUAAAACCACGAGUUAGACCAGAUCAUACCAAGAGAUCAAAAUAUCAUAUAAUACAGACCAUGGACUAGACCGGACCAUUCUUAACAGUCCAUAGCCCAGACAAAACUGUGCUGUCCAGUUUGGUCCACGAUUCUUCAAACGAUCUGAUCUAUUUUUCCAGCCUGGUUUAUUUUAUCCAACCCAAUAUUUGUUAAACCGAGAACCGUGUUGGUAGUCCGAUUGAGAAAAUCUUCUAUUGGAGUUUUAGGUAGUUUCUACCUUUUAGCAUACCUUUCUCGACCCUUUGACUAGUAUCAAGUGUAGUUAACCUGUGGGAAAGAAGCUACGAAGAAGAAGGUGUACAAAUUACUUUUUUAGCGGUAUAAAAAAAUCGAGUCCCAAUUAAACAACGAUUUCAACAUAAAAUACUUUAUCACUGACUUUUCCGAUUACCACCUCUAAUACAAUUUUACAAUCCAUAAUCUAAUCUCAUCAAUUAGUAAGUGCCCCAAAUUUAAAUGGUGGCCCAUAUUUCUUCAAUCGACUCCAAGAUCACGACCUGAAAAGAAAGAGAAAAGUGAAAGCAACAAAUUUGACCGAGUUUUGGAGGUAGCUAUCGACUUCAACUUCUCUAAGUUGUGAAAACAAAGCCAACAAGGACCUCCACUCCGCCCAUCAUAUCCAUGAUUUUCACUCAUUCAUAUGCACCAACUCUCUCGAUUCCUCCCUUCCCUCCCUCAAGCUCACAAAUUUCCAAACUCUUCUCCAAUCUCCAUAACAAUCUCUCUCUCUCUCUCUCUCUCCACGCUUAUAGCCAUGGAAGAGAAGAAUCAAUAAUUAAGAAAAAGGGGGCAUGUGGAGCAGAAGCUCACUCACUCACUCCCCUCAUUAUUCUUAUCAUAACUAUUCUCGAAGGUUAUGUCCAUAACCCUCUGUCCCCCAUUUCACCUCCAAAAACCUGUACACCUCUUACUCUCUCUCUCUCCCUCUCUCUGAUAAAAGGCCAAAACAGAGUACAGAUCUGUUCUGCCCAGCUCUCUGCAAUUUCCCCCACCCUGUAGCCCAAAAUUGAGGGGGAGAAAGAAAGUGGGGUAGUAUUACCACUCUAUCAGUCCUGCCCAACAAUGGGUAGCAAUGUCUACAGCUACAAUCACCACCACCACCAGCAGCAGCAGGCGGUGGUAGAAAGCAACAACAAUGGCGGCCGCAGCUGCGAGAGAAGAUCCAGAUCUGCCCUGCCCAUGCUCUGUUCUCGCAACUCCACCAAAGACGUCGUAGCAGUAGCAGUACCAUUCCCAGCCAGAUCCGGCACUCCAUUCUCCGGCGGCAGCGGCGGCGGCGUCAGUGAGAGCGAGGAGCCUGUGUCGCCGAAGAUUGGGUGUAUGGGUCAAGUGAAACGGAACAACAGGAUCGGCGGCUUCCCAGCUCCAGCUUCCGCUUCCGCUUCCAGUUCCUAUUCAUCAAUAGCUGCCAAAUUCCAUCCGCCGCCGCUGCCAGCUGUCAAGUACUUGAAGCUGAAGAGGGUUUUCUCCGCCAGGAAUCUCACCACUGCUAGUAGUGAGAGGCCCAAUCUCGUUAGCAAGAAUGGUAAUGUUGAUGCAGAUCGGAGGCACAAAUCUUCAUCUUCUUGUUCUGCUUCUGGCAUGGUGGCUGUCAACAUUGAGGAAAUCGACCCGCCUCUGCCGGUGAGGAGCAAGAGAUUCGAGAAAGAAGCUACCCAAUCGGAGAUGAGCCUUUGGGAGAGGAGGAGGAGCGGGAGGAUGGGUUUGAAGAAUUUGGAGCUUCAGGGGAUCGUUCCUCAACAAAUCCCGUCCUCAAAAUUCCAACCCACUACUGUUUGAUUAAUUACCACACAGUUACAGAUCUGAAUAUUUGUUUGUAAUAUGAAGGGGAGCGAGAGAGCGAGAGUUUCUGUUCAAUUUCGUGGAGUAAUAAUGACAAUAAAGAUUGCUGUUGUUCUUGUGCUGCUGCUGCUGUUCUAUUAGUUUUACAGCUCAACUGGUUGGGUCAGAUAAGAAGAAGAAGAAGAAAAGGGGAAGAAGACAGGAGAACGUGGAUGUAUGUGUGGUGCUGUUCAAAGAUGUGGGGGGUAAUGUCUGUUGUAGUUGGUACUGGUACGUGCUUGCUUUCGUGUAUCUGAUGCGAUCGUAUUAGAGAUUGUAUCGGAAAAAUUAGUAACAAAAUAUUAUUCGAUCGGACUGUUGAUACGAUAUUGUGAUGAGGCUGGUCAUUGGAUCAACUAAUGACGGUAACAAAAUAACUUGGGGCCAAUCUGAUGGUAGAAAACUGGAUUGGUGGGUGCUUGUGGUGGGGAUGUCGGGAGUACAGUCAUGUCAUUUUAAAAGUAAGGGUGGCAGAAGUGGCAAAGUUUCAACAAUAAAAAAAUAGCAACUCUUGUUCGUGUCCGUGGCAGUAUGCUUCAGCUUUUUUCUGCCCAGAUCAUCAGAACACAAAACUGAACUGGGUGUUCCAGCAAAAUCAUUGGUUGCAGAGCUUUUCUUUCCUUUUUUUCUCUCCAGUUUGUGUUUGUAACUCUAAUCGUAUUGUAUGUGUAUCUGAACAAGUUACAUAUUCUUGAACAAACCUCUUUCAAUAUAGUCCACGAGAAAACAUUAAUGAAUUGAUCGUUUAUUUGGUUCGAAAGUUUGUUAUUGAUGUAGCCCAAAGCUGAAAAAUUCUCUUUCAAACACUUGCAUUUACAACCGCUAAUAUCGAUACAAAAUUGAGAAGCAAAUAUACCAAUAAAUAUGAGUGGGCUCCUUUUUAUACAUAGGCAAUAAUUCGUCAUUCUUGACGGUAUGAUAAUAAUUCUUAAAAUGUCGGUAGAAGAAAUGAGUCGGAGAGGUGAACAAGCUCUUUAGAUAAAAUCGAGUAAGGGUUAUUAGCUUUCUCUUUUUCAAAAAGCAACCCACUCAUUCCCGGCCAAAAACAAGUCAUACAAGUCAACAACCUAGUAUUCACCUCAUCAAAGCGGUAGUUCAACUCUUAUAGUUGCAUAAAAAGAACCGAGUAAAAUAAUUCAACCUGGUAGUUAUGCAAGCAUAAUUAAUAUAAUUUGGCUACCAACGACACCUCCCUCAUCUCCGUCAUUGGUGGCAGGGGACUAAGGAAAGUUGCAGACCUGAUCUGGAGCGAAACUCGGACCUAGAACCGAGCACUUCUGCAAAGCCUCUUUACUCCAGAGUCGGUCUUAGACAUCUUGAGCAUCCCGUUACGGUGCACCUAACUGAUAAUUGACUAAUAUGGCACUACUCCACCUCAGCCGAAUCGCGAUUAAAAUAGGUUAUCAUGUUCUUACAAAUGAACUAAAUUCUUGUCAUCCGCCAUCUGUUUUGGCUUUUGAUUGCAGGUUUUGGAAGCUCUUGUGGAACUUACCGGUGCCCCCAAAAUUGAAGGUGUUCUUUUGGAGAGUUACUCGAGGGUUUUUGCCUCUACAAACUGUGCCUUUUGUUUUGGGGAGGUCCGCAGGCAAUUGGAAGGGGCGUCGUUGGGCGGUGCAUGGUGGCAUCCAGUACUUGACCCCUGCAUUGUGCCGGUAGUACCGACAAAAGGUGGAGGCAGGGGCCGAGGGAGAGAAGGUUAGAGGGUAGGUCCCGGGACCAUCCUGGCUCGGGAGAUAAAAUUAUAUAUUAGGUAUAAUUGUUAAUUGGGUAUGAAAAACACAUAUUUAAAUGAGAAUGGUUGACCUUUGAAAUAUUUGAUGUAUGAUUUAUACGUUGUGUAUUGACAUAUUCAAUGUUUUACAACGACCUAUGUACAAAUGACAAUGGUUCAUAUGAUCCGUCCAAAAUUAAAGAUGUACUUAUUCA